AACAUGAACGCGGCAGUAGACUUGCAGGCUACGUAACUGAAAAACAGCCAUUGUAACAGUUGUUGUUGUUAUAGAGCAAUAUAGGAUAACCCAUUCAUCACUUCACUUUCACGGACAGGUUUGUUCAGUGGUGAGAUACUCGUUCUAAUAAUAAUUAAUGUUCAGCAACACUGACAAAACAUGUAGGCUAUUAUCAAUGUAUCCAGCGUUCAGUGUGAACGUGCAGCUGUUACUUUAUUACACUUUAGAAUUGCAAGCUCGAGGCACACCACUUAAACGUUUACCAAAUGUUACAUUGUUGUUAGUUACAUUGUUGUUACAUUGUAGAUACAUUGAAAUCGCCAACGCUUCAAACCAUCGCGAAGCCCUUUAAACUGAACAACGUAAUAGGCGACCGGCUGAAGCAGUCAAUAUGUCAUGUUUAUAAAAAAAAGUCUGUAUUCGUUUAAAUAUGUUGAUCAUAACCGUAAACUAACAUAAACACUAUUAGGCAUCAACCGUAUUCACAACAAGUCAACAACAUAAUCCGUGAAGCACAAAGCGGUUUGUUGACACCGACAGCUGGUGGUGGUGCUACGCUCUUUGUCCACGUCCACCACCCUGGUGCACUAGGCUAGCCUACUGACAGAUAAUGCCUGCAAUUGCGCUCAAAACUAUAUUAAAUAAAUACAUUUUGCAUUUAUGUAUCAAAUUCAGAUCUAAAUGCAGCCUGUCAGUAUGACAUCCUGAAGACCCUCUCCUCUAAAUAUACAUAUUAAAUAAUAUUCAUAGGGAAUAUGGGAAAUAUCACUUAUGGGAAAUAGACCUCUUAAGCUAUUGGUUGAACUGGACACUUCUUGUUUGUUUCAAGAGAAACUAAAUGUUAUGAGGAAGCAAGAAUAAAAAAGAAAAAAUGAGGAAGUGGAAAGAUCAUUGUUUUCUAUUCAAUGUUCUGUAAACAGGUGCGGUAGGCUUACACUAAACACCAAGCUCUGUUGAACCUAUUUUCCCACUAGAUGAGUUUGUCUUAUCACAUUUUUCUUUCUCCUUCAAGCCUAUCUAUUCAGUGUUGACCAACAUUGAUUAGCCACACCUUGACCAUGUUGCUCUGGCCAGAGAGCCACCAGGUGGCUGUGGUGUCAGUCCUGCUGUGCUGGUUGACCCUGUGCUGGUGCAGCCCUGACCCCAGGCUCAGAGAGUCUCUGAUGCAGCAGGAGGCCUCCCGGCAGACAGGGGGCAGACUGCUGCUGACAGAGGCAGAGCUGCGGCUAAGUGCACAGCUGCACAAACUGAAGGAGCAGGAGAUGAAGAGCUCGGACUUCCCUCCUGCCUUGCACUUCUUCAAGGCGAAGCCACUCAUCCAGCGCAGCCUCAUCUAUAGCCUACUGCAGAGGAUGCCCAAAGGUACACCAGAUCCCAAAUGGACCCUACCCCCGUUCCCUUUGCAUUUGUGAUAAACUGAGAGGAUACAUGUAAGCAAAUAUGGCACAGAUAUAAUGUACUUCAUUGUAAGCCACACAGCAGUGGAACGGCUCAUAAUAAUGGCCAGAACGGCGCAAAUGUCAUGGCAUCAAACACCUGGAAACCAUGUGUUUGACGUAUUUGAUACCAUUCCACUGAUUCCGCUCCAAUCAUUACCACGAGCCCAUUCUCCCCAAUUAGGGUGCCACCAACCUCUUGUGCCACACAGGUUACGAUGAUCUCCUCCUCUGAUCUGUUUUAGGGGCAGCACUUCAUGUCCAUGACUUCUCCAUGGUGGGAGUGGAGUGGCUGGUGAGGAAUGUGACAUACCGGCCACAUUGCUACAUGUGCAUUACAGAGGACCAGUCAGUUCGGUUACUCUUUUCCUUUAGUCAGCCCAAACCAAAACCUCAGUGCUCCUCUUGGAUGCUGCUGGAGACCCUGAGGGCCAAAAUGGGCAAUACCACUGACCUUGACAACAGGUAGGAAGUAGGAACAUAUGUCAUUAUAUACAGUGCAUUCGGAAAGUAUUCAGACCCCUUGACUUUUUCCACAUUUUGUUAGGUUACAGCCUUAUUCUAAAAUGAAUUAAGGAAAGGAUCUCUCUGUACUUUGCUCGGUUCAUCUUUCCCUUGAUCCUGACUAGUCUCCCAGUCCCUGCCGCUGAAAAACAUCUCCACAGCAUGAUGCUGCCACCACCAAGCUUCACCGUAGGGAUGGUGCCAGGUUUCCUCCAGACGUGACGCUUUGCAUUCAGGCCAAAGAGUUCAGUCUUGGUUUCAUCAGAUCAGAGAAUCUUGUUUCUCAUGGUCUGAGAGUCUUUAGGUGCCUAUUGGAAAACUCCAAGCGGGCUGUCAUGUGUCUUUUACUGAGGAGUGAUUUCUGUCGGGUCACUCUACCAUAAAGGCCUGAUUGGUGGAGUGCUGCAGAGAUGGUUGUCCUUCUGGAAGGUUCUCCAAUCUCCACAGAUGAACUAGAGCUCUGUCAGAGUGACCAUCGGGUUCUUGGUCACCUCCCCUGACCAAGGCCCUUCUCCCCCGACCAAGGCCCUUCUCCCCCGAUUGCUCAGUUUGGCCAGGCGGCCAGCUCUAGGAAGAGUCUUGGUGGUUCCAAACUUCUUCAGUUUAAGAAUGAUGGAGGCCUCUGUGUUCUUGGGGACCUUCAUUGCUGCAGAAAUGUUUUGGUACCGUUCCCCAGAUCUGUGCCUCAACACAAUCCUGUCUUGGAGCACUACGGACAAUUCCUUUGACCUCAUGGCUUGGUUUUUGCUCUGACAUGCACUGUCAACUGUGGGACCUUAUAUAGACAGGUGUGUGCCUUUCCAAAUCAUGUCCAAUCAAUUGAAUUUACCACAGGUGGACUCCAAUCAAGUUGUAGAGACAUCUCAAGGAUGAUCAAUGGAAACAGGAUGCACCAGAGCUCAAUUUCGAGUCUCAUAGCAAAGGGUCUGAAUACUUAUGUAAAUAAGGUAUUUCUGUUUUUUAUUUUUAAUAAUUUGUUCGAAAAUGUCUAAAAAUCCGCUUUCGCUUUGCCAUUACUGGGUAUUGUGUGUAGAUUGCUGAGGAUUUUUUUGUUAUUUAAUCCAUUUUAGAAUAAGGCUGUAACGUAACAAAAUGUGGAAAAAGUGAAGGGGUCUGAAUACUUUCCAAAGGCACUAUAUGUCAUUCAAUAUGUCAAAUGACAUAAAUAUGUAUAUGUCAUUAAAUGUAAUUAUAUAUGUUAUGUCAUUUAUAUGUCAUGGUCAUACCAUGUCUAAUCACACAAGUAUCUCCCUGGGGGAAUACAGACAAAAUUAGAUUUUCUAUUUGACUCAUAUCUUUCAAAUUGUAUGCACUCUCCAACAACCUGGUCGUUUAAUCUGUGCAGCCUCAUCCGCAACCUUACACUCUUCACUGAGGACCCAGAGGCUGCCUAUCCCAGCCAAGACGUUGUUUGGAAGAGGUUUGAGCAGGCGUUCAUUUCGGCUUGGGGACUAGUCACCUACGCUCCUGUGUUCAAGGACUAUUACUAUGAGGGCCUGAGGCAGUUCUACAUGGAUAGUAUCAUGUAUCUGGAGCUGAGGGCUUUGCUUCCACAGGUAAACAACACAUACAGAUACAUGUUUAUUGUUCCAUGUGAUAUGAGUUCAGUUGUGUGAUUGAUAAAGUUGUUAAGAUCAUUCCACACACAAUACAUUGAGUUGACCUGUCAUUUUCAAGGUGUAACCAAGAUGUAUUGUCUAUACAUAAGAGGCUGUGUAAUUCUUACAUGUUUGUUACUGAUGCACAGACAUACGAGCUGGAUGGGAGCACACAUGACAGUGCCUGGGGCCUCAAGACCUAUCAGGACGUGACCAGGCAGUUUGUGUCAGAACACCCAGACUUCCUGGGAGCUCGGGUCAUCUUCACUGUGCACAGGUGACUAUGCAGGAGAUGCACAUGAUCCGUGUAAAGAUGGAAUUAGAAUCAUGGGCCCUCUAAAAGUUGUACAAGGAUUUGUUUAUUUAAAAAAGAUACAGAAUUAAAGGAAGAAUGGGCAGAACAAAACAUCUCAUAUUAAUGUUGAGAUUGAAUGUACUUUGUGAAUCUGUGUUUGUCUCAGGGGUCUGAAUGCGUCCAUGGCAUGGAAGGCAGUGGAGGAGGCUAUGAACCUACAGAAAGCCUUUCCAGAGAUCAUGGCUGGAUUUGACCUGGUAGGUAGAUCCUUAGUCACAAGACUCCUCAAAACUGUCUAAUUUCUCUUAGGAAAUUACCUAAAAUGUAUUUAUUACUUUUAUUACUAGAUAGGUUUAUUAAUAAAUAGGUAUAGGCUGUGCCGGGUGAUGUUGACAUGUCUGAUGUUCUCUUCUGGUACUAGGUGGGUCGGGAAGAUAGUGGAAGACCCCUCUGGUACUUCAAGGAGGCCUUGUCUCUGCCAGGCGAGAGAGGAGUCAACCUUCCCUUCUUCUUCCACGCAGGAGAGACUGGUGAGCACAUGAACCCUUCCACCUCAUCUGAAGUGUUCAUAUUUAGUCUAUACUCAUGGAAUGGGCCUAUUAAAAAAUGAAGCCCCGGGGCCUAUGAUUUCUUAAUCUGGCCCUGGUUAGGGUAGGGACGUCCCAGGGAUCCCAGAUAGCACUAACCCUGAUGCAAUAAGACUGUUACAGUAUAAGCCAAUACUCCCUAUUUUGUGUUGUUGAGAAUGAAGUUUGUACAGUACAGAUAAGUGAUUACUACAAUCUACAUUGAUGGCAUCAUUGAUUGACCUCACUGUCAUUUGCAGAUGAAGAGGGCACUGAUGUGGAUGGGAACCUGCUGGAUGCUCUACUGUUCAACACGUCUCGCAUCGGCCACGGCUUUGCCCUGCUGCGCCACCCGGUGGCCAAGGCACUCUCUAAGAAGAAAGGGGUGGCUGUGGAGGUGUGCCCCAUCUCCAACCAGGUAGGGCAUUAUCACUGUCACCACACUCACAUGUUGAUGAACGAUUAAGACUGCUGCCCAACCACAGAUAGAGGUAAGGGGGUCGAUUUGGGGUUGGUCGUAUCUGCAUCUUCAUUGAAACUCUUCAUUUUAACAUCCUUCUCCAGGUACUGAAACUGGUCUCAGACCUGCGGAAUCACCCAGCUGCUGUUCUGAUGUCAGAGGGCCAUCCCCUGGUGAUCAGUUCAGAUGACCCUGCCAUGUUUGGAUCUUCUGGCCUCUCCCAUGAUUUUUACGAGGCGUUUGUGGGUUUAGGUGGAAUGAACUCUCACAUAGGUACUCUCAAGGAACUGGCCAUGAACUCCAUCAGGUGAGGUCAAGCUAGCAGGUCCAGGCACCGUACAAUAACCUGGACUAGUUUAGCUACUUGCAACCGUUUAUGCCAUGGCAUGAUAGGGUAAGGAUUCUGACUUUCUAUUUUUUCAUGUUCCAGGUACAGCUCUCUGUCGCCACAGCUGAAGGAGAAAGCCUUGGAUUUGUGGCAGAGAAAAUGGGACAAGUUUGUCUCAGAGAACUCACAAUAGAGACCUGCUGGAGCAGAGUCUGGGGCAGAGGAGUGGUCAUUCGGACGCUGACUGGGACAGUGGGAUCACCCCAGUCUGUGAGACUGUUGCUUGUAGCCAUAGGAAGGGAAGGAUAUUUGGAAUGCUGGUCCCAAAUGGACACACAAGUAGAAAUGUUGUUCAAAAUUCGGACAAGGGAAAAGAUGUAGUAGUUAUUGAAACAUUAUUUGUUGUAGACGGAGCUGUAGACUGUUUGGCAAAUUAGGUUUGAGAAGGAAAGAGAACAAGCUCAUAUCGCCCUCAAGUGGAUAGGGUGUGUAUAACACUCCUGUAAGAAAUCAAUUAGCAGACUACACCGCUGUCAGCUCCCACAAAAUGGAGGCCCCUGACAGAAGUUGAGUUCACUAGUCAAGGAGUCAUAAAGGAAGCUGUUUUUUCACACAAAGGCAUUUUAUCAUUAUUUUAUGUAUUUGCACGUUAAUCGUGAAUUCAGUGAGGCUCUACAUGGCAAUAGAGCACUGUGUGAAAAUGCUUACACUGAAUGAACUGACCCGCUAGUCUUCGAUUUCUUUAAUCACAUUUUAAGCUAAUAAUGUUGUUUUAAUGGAGAAUUGUUUUGUACAGAUUUAAUUAAUUCAUUAUACAGAUACUCUUAUUUUAACAAGGGACAUGGUAUGACAAAUACAUGCAGAACAGUAGGCAAUGCCUUAUUCAUGGCCACACUUUUCUAUGAAGAUCAGAUUCAUUAGUUUUUCCCUUUAUUACAAAUAAUGUAUUAUCUACAUUUUCACACAAGAAACGUAUUUCUCCAUAAUAGUCUAAUAAUGCACGGCAUCGUAAGGCCUUGUCAUCCUUUAUCGACUGCUGGUGUUGAACUGGGAGAAGUAACUGUCAUCUGGGAUGUUAGUGUACACCUUCUCCAGAUACUUUUUCCUGAGAAGAGAGGAAUGCAUUUGUCUAUAACUGAUAUCAAGAACAAAACUGUAGGCAUUUGAUAUGUCGUCUAUGCAGUGCUAUGGGCAGGUCAACAAGCUCUAGGGCUGGAGUCAAUCCGUAUUGCAG